CAAGCUCGGAUACACUAAGUCUGACUCAGGUCAUCCUGUGAGACAUUAAUCAGCAUAUCAGCCCACAUCGAAGGCGCAGGCCCGAGCCAAUCCAAUCCCAUCUGCCAUAUUAACACCCCUGAGCCUUGAUCGCCCAAUGUCAGACAUCACACCCACGACCAUUGGGCCAAGAGUGCUCAUGACAUUCAAGAAAAUUAAUACCAAGGAAGACGCUCGGCUUGCCGCAAUCAGCACUAGCAAUGACCCUAUCAGUGCGGAAGAUGUCAUCACUGGCUCAAGAAGCGGAGUCAUGAUGGGAGCAAUGUCGGAGGAGACUGCACGGCACAUAUCAAGCGACCACAAGGCAUUAAUCGCCACAUUGAAAGAGCCACAAGCUCAAGAGGAGAGCAGUUCGUUUGCAGGUCAUGGGCAUACAUUAGAAGAGGGCAAACGCUAGAAGCCUCGACAGAGAGUACCUGUACAUGGUGUGGCCUUUGUUGGAUGGAAGACCAUGUGACAGUACUUGACUGACUCGAUCGUGCAACCGCUGUCUGGGCUGAUAUGUACAAUUCCACACCAAUGUUUGCGGUGUAGCUGAUUUGGAGUCCUUCGUGUGCAGUGUGCUUCCAAAACAUGCAUGCCCUUCGUUGGAUAGUCACUACUAUACAUGUAACGCGAUGGUGAGGGGCCGGAGUGUGCCAUCUUACAUCGCGACGAUUCACAGCGAUCGCUCCUAUGACAAAAGAUUUCCGGACGGUGCUACGCGAAACGUUCUAUGCCAUCACUCGUGUGGCUUCAUUUCGGUGGUAACCAAGAACAGUGACGUCUUGAUCUCUCACCAGAC